CGGAGGCCGAGCGCCUCUGCCGUUGCGGGGCAUCCGCGCUCACCGGCGGCGGUUGGGUCGUGCGGGGCAGAUGGCGGUGGGGCGGCCGGGGGUGGGCGCGGCGCUGGGCGCCGGGCUGGUGGCGAGGCUGGGCCUGGUGCUGUACGGCCUGCUGCAGGACAGAGCCAUGCGGGUGCGGUACACCGACGUCGACUACCGGGUUUUCACCGACGCGGCGCGGCUGGUGACGGAGGGGCGGUCGCCCUACCGGCGGGCCACCUACCGCUACACCCCGCUCCUGGCCUGGCUCCUGACGCCCAACGUCUACCUGACCGAGGUCUUCGGGAAGCUGCUCUUCGUGGCGGGGGACCUGGCGGCUGCUGCCGUCGCCUACCGGGCCCUGCGGCUCCGAGGGGUCGCCGCCGGUCAGGCCUGCGGGUCCUGCGCCGCCGCCUGGCUCCUGAACCCGCUGCCCAUGGCCGUCUCCAGCCGGGGCAACGCGGAGGCCCUGGGGGUGCUGCUGGUGCUCUUCACGUUGUACUUGGUGGAGGCGGGGAGCAUAGGGAAGGCCGCAGCCUGCUACGGGCUGGCUGUGCACAUGAAAAUAUACCCACUGACAUACGCGCUGCCCAUAGCGCUCCACCUGCAGAGCAGACGGUGCGGCAGGGAAGGGGCAGCAGGUACGGGGGGUGACAAAAAAGCAAAAUUUACAUGUGUAGGCUGCCUCUGGCACCUUUUUGUAAAGAUUCCGAACCGCGAUGUGCUGCUUUUUGGAACAGUUGCUGGAUCUGUGCUGGCUGCAUUGACUGUAACAUUUUAUCACCUCUACGGCUGGGAUUUUUUGGAGCAUGCCUACCUCUACCACCUGACCAGGAGGGAUAUCCGUCACAACUUCUCUCCCUAUUUCUACAUGUUGUACUUAACUGCAGAGAGCAAAUGGAGUUUUGCCCUUGGGCUUGCAGCUUUCCUCCCCCAGCUGCUUUUGCUCCUGGCUGUGUCCGUAGCAUUUUACAGAGACCUUGCUUUCUGUUGUUUCCUACACACUGCUAUUUUUGUGAGUUUUAACAAGGUAUGCACAUCCCAGUACUUUGUGUGGUACCUCUGCCUUUUACCCCUCAUAAUGCCCAGUCUUAAGAUGCCCUGGCGUCGUGGCAUGCUGCUUCUCUUUCUGUGGUUUGCUGGACAAGGCCUGUGGCUUGCUCCUGCCUACUUUUUGGAGUUCAAAGGAUAUAACACUUUUUUACUUAUAUGGUUGGCAGGCUUGGUUUUCCUCUUUAUUAAUAGCCUCAUAAUUGCUCAGAUUAUUUCACAUUAUCAAAAAGAAGUGCAAGUUGCAAAAAAACAACAGUAAUAAACAGGCCAAAAUCCAGAAACAGUGCUACUGUCUUGGAUAAGGCUUUUAAUAUCAUCAGCACUUUGUUUAAAUGCCUGUACGUUUUAUUAAAGUAUGUUGUAUCUAAAUAAUAGUUUGUCGGGAGCACGAGGGCACUGACAGGCCUUAGUCUCCCAGAGCAGCCCCAGCCCUGCCCUGAGCAGUAUCUGCAGGUGAACCUGUCACCCACACGGACCUUCAAACUGCAUUGUAACCUUCUCUCCAGAACUGUCUCCAGGCUUGUCUCCUGCUGCUCCCGACUGGACUGCCUGGAAGGACCCUGAACCAGUUCCUCACAUACCAUGUCUAGGGCUGUGGGUGGACUCUGUUACGAUCACCCAUCUCUGUCUGCCAUCUCCAGACAGAGUGUGACUGCGCCCUUGUCAGUGAGGGUACCGCCUGUGCCAGGGUCACCCUCAGCCUCGUACCCCCUUGUGAAGCUGCCCCAAUCUUACUCCCUCGCACCCUUUUUCUCAUUGUUACUUUACCUUUUGAGGGCUGUGGUCUCUGCCAAGGAAAACACAAGAGAUUAUAAAAUGAUGUUGGAGUUUGUCAGUCUUGUACAUUCCAGUAAGUGGGUGGGCUGUUUUGAAAGGGUUAAGCUAAUGAAUAAAUAUAAGGUAAUCACUUAA